AUGGGCCACCAGCCUGAGCUGCACACGAAUGCCAGCAUGCUGUCAUACAUACUCCUGUCUGGUUUGCUGCUCUCUGUGCAAGCACAGAACUGCACAGUCAGGGAAAUUAUCCGCUUUACAAACCAUCUGCUUGAGGAAGGUUCUCUGAGUUGCCCAUGUAGAGGGACAGCUGCCAGUUCCUGUUCUUGCCUUCCCAUUCCUGAGCCUGGCCAUGAGCUGCCCUGCUUUGUGGAAGGGACUGACUACAUGCUGAGAAACAACUUCACCUCCAACACACUGCUUGAGUGGCUCAACCUCACCUUCCAGAUCCAGCUGGACAGAAACCUCUGUGAAAGCCUGGCCCGUGGGGAUCAAUGCCAGUACAAGAGCAAGGGGAAUGUGAAGGAAUUUUUGGGUAAAAUCCUGACAGCCUAUCAAGGAAUCAAUAAAUCGAAAGAUUACAAAAAGCUUUUUAAAAACUCCAAAACUCUUCAGUAA